AUGAUACAUAAGAAGGUAGGGGCUGUUGAUCCAGUGACCAUUGUGAUCAAAGAAUGUAUCAACUUAUCUACCGCAAUGAGAAAGUACAGCAAGUUUACUUCACAAUCUGGAGUGGCUGCAUUACUUGGCGGCGGCAGUGAUAUUUUCAGUAACCAGGAUGAUGGCCUGGCCACUACAUUCAAUAAUUUAUCAAGUACUAAAUAUAAUGAUCCAUUUUUAUCAGGAUUCAUUCAACUUCGAUUGAUGCUCAAUAAACUGAAUGAUCUGAAUGGCAUCGAUUCAUUGACCCUUUUACAACCAUUUUUACUCAUUAUUAGCACCAGUUCCAUAUCAGGUUAUAUCACAUCUUUGGCUUUGGACUCAUUACAGAAAUUUUUCUCACUGAAUAUUAUCAGUGCCAGUUCUAAAAACUACGUUGUAGCUUACAGAGAAGCUGUAAAUGCCUUAACACAUUGUAGAUUUGAAGGAUCGCAACAAACUUCAGACGAUUCCGUCCUUUUGAAAGUCGUAUUAUUACUAGAUACAAUAAUCAAUUCACAAUAUGGCGACCAUCUAUCAGAUUCCACAAUGUAUGAUGUCGUUCAAACUAUCAUGUCAUUAGCCUGCAACAAGAGAAGGACAGAAGUCUUGAGAAAAGCUGCUGAAGCAACAAUGGUUUCUAUCACAGUUAAAAUUUUCAGCAAAUUAGAGGAAUUAGAACCUAUAAAUACCACUCAAAAAUAUAUCAAUGAUGAAAGUUACUCAACUAACGUCCUCAAAGCAGAUACCAUUGGUACAAGCGCUAGUAGUGAUAGUCAGUCCAUUUUGGUCGAUGAAUCUGUGCAUUCUUUAAGUGACGAGGAUAGAGAACACGAUACUAAUGAAAAAGAUCAAGAACCAAUAGAAUCUGAACCUCAAAAAACCACAGAACAAGAAAUACAGAAGCAGGAAGUCGAAGUUUCCAAUUCAUUGGACCCCGAUUAUGGCUUACCUGUUAUAAAGCAAUAUUUAACUUUACUUUUAUCAUUAAUUGUCCCAGAAAAUCAGGCAAAGCAUACAAAUAGUACCAGAAUAUUUGGUUUACAACUUAUAAAUACAGCUAUUGAACUAUGUGGCGACAGAUUUCCUCUGUAUCCUCGACUAUUUAGUCUAGUCUCCGAUCCGAUAUUUAAAUGUGUUCUUUAUAUCAUCCAAAACACCGAUAAACUUUCACUUUUACAAGCAGCUUUACAACUUUUUACAACUUUGGUCAUAAAUUUGGGAAAUCAUCUACCAAUGCAGAUUGAACUAACAUUGAGCCGUAUAUUCUCCAUCUUAUUGGACGAUUCUACGUCACAUUCUAAAAAAUCAAGCAAUGUUAACUCUAGAGAUAACAAAUCAAAACCAGCUGUUCUUAAAGAAUUAUUAAUUGAACAAAUUUCAAUAUUAUGGACAAGAUCCCCAUCUUUUUUCACAUCAACAUUUACAAACUUCGAUUGUAAUUUGGAUAGAGCUGAUUUAUCUAUAAAUUUCUUAAAAGCAUUGACCAGGUUGGCACUACCAGAAUCAGCAUUAGACUCAACUGAAAGUGUUCCACCGAUUUGUCUCGAAGGUUUAGUCUCGUUAAUUGAUGAUAUGUACGAGCAUAUGCAAAGGGUUGAUAGAAAUGAAUAUUUAAAGAAAAAUUCGACAAACGAUAAUGAAAUUCUGAAACAAAGGGAAUUGAAAACAGAGUUCAUAAAAUGUGCUAAAGUCUUUAAUGAAAAACCAAAGAAAGGGAUCCCCAUGUUAGUUGAAAAGGGUUUUAUUAAAUCAGAAUCUGAUGAAGAUAUUGCCAACUUUCUGUUCGAAAAUAAUAGUAGAAUGAAUAAGAAGACAAUUGGUCUUCUACUUUGUGAUCCAAAACGAGAACUUCUAUUGAAAAAGUUUAUCAACUUGUUUGAUUUCAAAGAUCUUAGAGUAGAUGAGGCAGUUCGAAUUUUGUUGACAAAAUUUAGACUACCUGGUGAAUCACAACAAAUCGAAAGAAUCAUUGAAGCCUUUUCCAUAAGCUACGUAGAAAGUCAAGAUUAUUCCUCUGGUAAUGAAGAGGAAACAGAGGAAGAACCCGUGCAACCAGACUCAGAUUCUGUGUUUGUUCUAAGUUAUUCCAUUAUUAUGUUGAAUACAGAUCUCCAUAAUCCUCAAGUGAGAGAGCACAUGUCAUUCGAAGAUUAUUCUAACAAUCUGAAAGGCUGCAACAAUCAAAAGGAUUAUCCAUUUUGGUACUUGGAUAGAAUAUAUUGCUCUAUUAGGGAUAAAGAAAUUGUCAUGCCUGAAGAACAUCAUGGAAAUGACAGAUGGUUUGAAGAUGCAUGGAACAAUUUAAUAUCUUCUACUACAGUCAUAACUGAAAUUCGUAAAGAUAACGUUAAUGUAAUUGAUUCCCUAACAUCCGUUGAAUUGUUACGUUUUGAUAGAGCAAUUUUCAAACAUAUCGGAUCAUCAAUUGUAAACACAUUUUUCAAAAUAUACAUCGUUGCUACAGAUGAUCAUAUCAUGAGUAGGAUGUUGACAAGUCUGGACAGAUGCGCAUUUAUUGCAGCGUUCUUCAAUUUCAAAAAGUUAUUCAACGAUAUUUUGACGUCCAUUGCCAAGUUAACAACAUUGUUACCAGCUAGUAGUUACGUCACCGGUGCUCCAGGAUCUGAGGCUACCGAAGAGGAAAAUGCUGAGUCAAAUGCUUCGGUUCAACCUACUGUAGAACGGGGAUAUAUUGACAUCGAUACUAUUCCACUCGUUGAAAUUACCAUGGAAGAUUCGAAGCAAAAGAUUCCAGUUAGUACACAGGCUGUUAGAUUGGGUAAAUCUUUCAAAGCUCAACUAUGUACUGUUAUACUGUUCAGGAUAAUACAACGGACCAACGACCCAUCAAUCAUGGGUUUAGAAUUUAUGUCAGAUAUAGUUAAGAUCCUACUAUCGUUAUUUGAGAAUUUGUUGAUUUCACCUGACAUAUUCCCUGAUUUACAACAGAGAUUGAAAAUUGGAAAUUUACCUAGGCCACUACCAGAGAUUACUAUAACGAAAAAUAACGAAAAUAAAGGUUUAUUGUCAACUUUUGCCUCAUAUUUAAAAGGUGAUGAAGAGCCUUCUGAUGAAGAAAUUGAUUCUUCGAUAAAAGCGUUGGAUUGUAUCGCAUCAAGUAAAGCUACUUCUUCAAUUUUUGGGAAUGUGAACAUUAUAACUCCAACUCUAGUCAGACUAUUAAUCACCUCAAUAAAUGUUAACAAGACGGCUGAAAAUUCAAGAUUUUUCGAAGCUGAAAUACUAUUCAUUAUUGAAAUAUCAGUGGCAUUAUUAUUGGUGAAAAACGAUAAGGAGUUGAGUUUAGUUGUUCUUGAAAAAUUAUGUGAAUUAACCGAAAUGACUGGUGUUACAAAGAGAACAAUUCGCAGAUUAGUAACAUACAAGUUAUUACUAAUUUCGGUUAUUAAAGGUCAAGAAGAAAAAUUGCAUUAUUUUAUUAAUGAGGAAUUACUGUUGAAAAAUGAAAUAUUCAAUCAAAAAUUUUUCGCAUUGGAACAAGGCAUGGAAUUGAUUAGCAUAUUAUUAUCACUGACUGAGAUACCAAAUUAUAGCGAAUAUGUAUUGAAGGAUGAAGGCUUCUGGAAAGUUUUGAGAAUGAUUGCAUCGAUGCCAGAGCAUACACAAGAAAUUUAUGAUUAUUUGAAUAAAAGAAUAAUCGGGGAUAAUAAUAACCUUUUGAGUAAUGAGAAUUUCAUGUUUGUUCUUGGCUUGUUAGACGAAAUUUCAUCAAUUGGAGCUAUCGGUAGUAAAUGGGAACAAGACUAUAAUAACUCGGUGAAAAGUGGUCAUAAGAUAAGUAAUGAAAAUCCAUACCAACCUAUAGUUGAGAUUUCAUUAAAAUCUAUUAAUUCUACUGCACGUUUAAUUUCAUCAUCGACUUUAACUAAGAACCAGAUAAUUGCGAUUAUACAAGCGCUGGCUCAUCAAUGCAUAAAUCCAUGUGAACAAAUCCGUUCAUAUGCAUUAGUUUCAUUAGAAGAUGCAUUAACAGAAAAAAUACGCCUUCCUAAUGCGGAGAUUACCACAUUGGAGGAUUUAAUUGAAAAUGGGUUAGUGACUCUUUUGAAUGCUAGUGACAGAAAUAAGAAAGAUAAUAUGUCAAUUUCUGAUAUCUUACAAGUUAUUUCAAAGGUUUAUCUAUAUCAUUUGAGAGAAGGUAUAACGACCAAUGAUACUUUCUUAAAAAUCCUGGGGAUUUUCAAUGCAUAUGUUGAGAUACCAGAAGUUGAGAAUGAAUUACAACAAGUUAUAAUAGAAAAGAAAAAAAUAGAAAAGACGUUUAAUGAAACUGAAUCAUCGCAUGAUCAGGAAACAGUCGAUCAGAUUCAGGAUUGA